AUGGAGUCGAAAAGAACUGUCAUUCUUCCCGACAUGUUCAAAGCAUUCGUGGUUGAGACUCCGCCCAUGAAUCCCAACUAUGAAACAGUCAAGCCUAUAUCCGAGAGGUGGCUUGCAGAGAAAUGCUCCUUCUCACCUCGAAUGAAGAAAAGAGUUGAGUUCUGCGACUUUGCCGUCUUUAUCUCCAUCGCUGCUCCUGAUGCUCCAUUCGACAAGCUCAAGACGAUGUGCGAUUGGGGGAACUGGGUUUUCCCUUUCGAUGAUAAAUAUGCUCAUGAUAUCAAUUUGACAGAUGAAGUAUUCCAGAACCCCAUUAUCCAGAGACUAGAGCUUCUGGGUGCGGACUUUGUCUUGCUGUCCAAUGACAUUUUAUCUUACCGAAAGGAAGAGAAUGACGACUGCCCGUUUAGCAUGGUCGCAGCUUGUCGAAUGAGUGGCCAAUCUCCACAAGAGGCAUUCGAUACAGUCGGGAACCUUCUUGAGGCAAGAUACCAAGAUUGGCAGAAUGCAAUUAAGCAACUGCCAAGUUGGGGACCUGAGAUCGACGCGAAUGUCGCUCGUUAUAUCCAAGGCAUUCAAAAUGUAGUGCAAGCCAACAUCACGUGGAGGUACCAGAUUCUUCUGAAAUGUGAAACCGAUUAA